CAAGCUUACCUUCCAGUUCUUGGUCUUCUCUACGCAUGUCGCGGUGAUAAACUUCUCCAUCCAUUCAGAGCGUUGAAUGUAUGUUGGGGUUUCAUUCAAUCGAGACUUUCUGGUUCAGAUUCUGAUUCUCAUCCAUGGAAGUAUGUUAUCCUUUUGCAAGUAACCUACCAGACCAUCCUACUUACUCCCAUUCGCGUGUUCUGUUUAAGCUCUAGAUUUAGGGUUGGACGCAACUGAAAUUGACGUUUUCUCAUCCCCGAUCUCUUUCUUUCUCAUCGACCGCUAUUCAUGCUCUACAAAGCUCUUUCAUCGAGCCGAAUCUGAGUUGUUGGCUGGUCAUCUCGAAUCGUAUUCGAAGGUGUUUGAUUUGCUAAUUAAGAUGGGGUUGUCAUCGAAUGCUACUGUCACUGAAUCCACACAAAUAUGUAUGUUUGACUUGAGAAGGGGGCAAUAUGAAGGACAGGAGUUGGAUAAGAUAUUAUUCUUUUUUCCUUCUGAUUUACCUAUUUCAACUCAACUCUCUGUCGUAGGGCUUAGUGAAGGACUUAUCACUUUUACCAGAAUUUUCUCACCGGAGGCAGCUUGCGAUGUCAUAGAAGCAGAAUUGCAUUCCCAUGUAUUUUAUGAGGCAGAACCAGAUAUCUGGAUGGUGAUGGUAAUUGAGAAAAAUGUGGAGUCUGAAGGCAUAUGGAGAAUUGAUGCAUUGAAAAGAGUACUCAAGGAAAUUCACUCUCUGUUUGUGAUGUUUCAAGGACCUGUUAGAGCGUUGCUGGAUAAAGAAGCGGGUGGAGGAAUUGCCCGAUCUUGUUUACAUUCUUUCAUAAUGGACUACUUAAGUGCACUUCGAAAGCGGUCUUCCUUGGAUUUAUGCUGCCUGGAUUUCUUUGUCGGGAAGAAACUGCAGCUACCUAAUUUCCGCGAUUCUUUAAAAGAAAGAGGAACUGUACAGAUGUUGACCAUGGGGCGUGAAGCUGCCAUUGAAGUUCAGUCACUUAUCAGGGUACUGGAAUCAUGUGCUGGGAACAUAUCAUGCUACUCAAUGAUCUUGUUCCGAAACAUGUUGGUCUCCACAACUCUUUCUCCUGAGGACAGUAUGAGCUUGUUUGCAUAUUCUGUACGAAGGUUGUCACUAGGUGCUUUAUCCUCUGGCAGUACUAGCUCUUGGUCCUAUUUACGCAAAGGGACUGUGGCUUCUCAAGCUGUUGCAGCCAAUUCUGGCUCAAUUAUUGAUCAUCCUGGUUCAAAUGAUUCAUCUUUAUGUGGAGAUCGCAGUACACAUGUUCUUAGGCCCUUGCAACCUGGAAAAUGGAUGAAAGGAAAAGAUGGGUUUCUAGUGACUAAUAUUUGGGGAACUGAACCUGGUAACUCGGUUCCUAACGCCCCAACUAUAUGGCUUGAGAAGACAGAAGAGAAGAUGUAUAUGUGUCCUUUUCAGCAUAGAAAUCUUACCAUAAUCCUUUUAAUUCCCUUCACUUCCAUUUCUAAUGUGGAGCAAGGGAUUUCCAUUUUGAAGCAGCAAAUGCUCGAACAUGCUUCGCUGAAAAUAUUAAGAGUUGAAGAGAAACUAUCGAAAGGAUGGGGAGGGGAGAAUGCGUAUCAUGUGAGUGGGUACCGUUACUUGCUGGUCGAUUGUGACAGAAAUGUAUCAAGGGCUUCUCCACCUGCUAAAGUGACUACACUAACCAAGGAAUCGUUAAUUGCCUUGAGCAAGUUGAGAGAAGAGGUUGAUACGGAAAAGAAGAGGGGAAAAUGGGAUGGAGAUCGGAUGCAAGAAAAGGACUUGGAAAUAUCGGUUAGAGCGAAGAAUAAUGCGUGGGCAAUUGCAAGAGUAACAAGAGGGAAAGAACUUUAUAUGGUUUUAGAGAAAGCUAAUGAGACACUUCUUUAUGCCUCUGAUGCUUUGGAAAAGUUCAGCAACAGGUACUGCAAUGGAGCUUUUUCGUUGGAUUAGAAAUUCAGAUGUUAAAGCUUUUUCUUUAGUUGAAUCCAUCAUCAUCAUCCCUUCUUAAGAUCGUAGAAUAAAUGCAUGUUCUAUAUAACAACUACAUUGCAUUUAAUUUGUUAUAGAAAUUGUAUAAUUUUGUUCUGUUUUAUUUUUUUUUUGUAAUUUUCACUCUGAAAAUGAAUCUUAAAAUAUUAAUUUUGUAUGUAAUUGACCAAA